AUGGAGCGCCAAUUCCACUCUUCAAGAGCCGGGACCGGGCUCGGCCUGGCCAUGAAAGCCCGUCCCAGCUGCCCGGACCCAAGGCCUAAAGCUUGCAGCCGGGGAUCCCGGGGAGGGAAAGGCCGGGCCGGCCGGGUCGGUGGGCCUGCGGGCCGGGCCUUUCAGGCAGCGAUCGCCGCGCCUCCCGGCCUGCGCGCCCGCGCGCCGGCGGCGCACACUCCCCCCCCACCCCCUCCCGAGGACCCCGCGGCUGGGGCGGGGAGAGGCCGAAGUCCCGGCCCUCCGCCCGGUUACCUCGCCGGCGAGGCUCCCUCCCCAGCCCGCGGUCCGCACGGCGGGGCGGGAGAGGCACGGCCCGGGCAGGCCGAGGACGCUGCGCAAGAGGCCGGAGAGCUUUCCCCGCCGCGCGGGAGAAAGGCGCGGCGUGUCCGCCGCGGGAGGGGCGGGGAGGCCCGCGGAGGCGCCGUGCGUGUGGAAGGGGUUGGGGGAGGGGAGGAUUGCCCGUCUCCCUGGCCGCGGCCGAAGCCGCCACUCACCCAGCUCCGCCAGACGAGCGCUACCACUGGCAGCAAGAGGAAGAUGGUGGCCGCUGCCGCCGCCGCCGAGCGGGAGGAGGAGGGGGCCCGCCGCCGCCACCCAGGGCCCGAGGGUCGCUCGCCUCGUGGGGACCGUGCGGCGACGCGAGACCCCGCAGCCAUCGGCGUGCAGCGGCUGCGCGGGGGCAGGAGCGGGGCCGCGUCACGUGAUCUCACUGUUUACCGUUCCCGAGGCCGUGGCCUGCGCCGCCGCCGUCGCCGCGCCUGCGCGCUGCGUGCCCUUCCGCGCCGCGCCUCCAUGGGGCCUGGGACCUCGCGCUCCGCCGCGCUUCCGCGCCCCUCCCUGCCUGGUGAGGACGCGGCGCCGCCCGCGGGCCUCCAGCCUUCGCCUCGGGGGCGGCCUGGAAGAGUGAGGCCGUGA